UCAAGCUGUCGUCUCUCUCUUUUUCUGCUGCUUCUCGUUUUACCACCAAAAUUUCUGUUUACUGAAAGGGCUUUAAAUCUCUCUCUCUCUCUCUCUCCAUAUCUUCCUCGAAGCUCAGUUCCAGAACUCUCUUCAAAACGCCGCCGUAUCUUUCCCUCAGUUGGUACGAUAGGAAGGAAAAAAUUUGAUCAUCAAGUAUGGCAGACAGUGAGACAAUUGUUGCUCAAACAUCUGCAGUGAUGGGGUAUACAUCAGCAGGAUAUACUUCAACAGGAUAUGCUGAUGCCAGCUCAAAUAUUGCUACUGAUGCAGGUGCAUUGCAUUCUGAGGCUACCCCAGAGUUUUCUAAUACGCCUGGCGGUUCUAACAUAGGCGAUGGAAAUGCAUAUUCUGCGGAUCCCAAUUCUCUCAUGCAAGAAACACAAAGUUACACAGCAUAUGAGACCAAACCGGCUGUUGGAGUGACAGAUGCUAGUGGGAAUGUUGUUAGUAAUGAAAAUGAUGCCUUGGAGUCAUCUCAAGUUGCUAGUUAUGAUUCUUCUAUGAAUGGUGUUAUUGCUUCUGGAGUGGGAACUGUUUCAUCAGUUCAUAAUGGCAAUGCUUCAGAUAAUGCCGAACCUCUUGAUCCACAACAAUUUGGGGAUGCUUCUGCCAUGUCUGUCGAAGAAGAUAGACUGUGGAACAUUGUGAGGGCUAAUUCCUUGGAUUUUAAUGCCUGGACUGCUUUAAUUGAAGAGACAGAGAAGAUUGCAGAGGAUAACAUAUUGAAAAUUCGGAAAGUUUAUGAUGCUUUUUUAGCAGAGUUUCCAUUAUGUUAUGGUUAUUGGAAAAAGUAUGCGGAUCAUGAGGCACGUCUAGGUUCUAUCGAUAAAGUUGUGGAGGUUUAUGAACAUGCAGUUCAAGGUGUUACCUAUUCAGUUGAUAUCUGGUUGCAUUACUGCAUUUUUGCUAUAAGCACAUAUGGAGAUCCAGACACUAUUAGAAGGCUUUUUGAGCGAGGACUUGCUUAUGUUGGAACAGAUUACCUGUCCUUUACUCUGUGGGAUAAGUACAUAGAAUAUGAGUACAUGCAGCAGGAGUGGGGCCGCCUUGCCAUGAUCUAUUCACGAAUAUUAGAGAACCCAAAUCAGCAACUGGAUCGCUAUUGGAACAGCUUUAAGGAGUUAGCUGGAAGUCGGCCACUCUCAGAAUUGAGGACUGCUGAAGAAGCUGCAGCAGCAGGAGGUGCACAUUCAGAGGGUAUUGACAAAGUAAAUGGGGAAGAUGUUCAAUCUGAUGGUGCAGAACAAUCUCCUAAACCUGUAAGUGCUGACUUAACAGAAGCAGAGGAGUUGGAGAAGUAUAUCACCGUUAGAGAAGAUGUGUAUAAGAAAGCUAAAGAGUUCGAUUCUAAGAUCAUUAGUUUUGAAACAGCUAUUAGGAGGCCCUACUUUCACGUGCGGCCUCUCAAUUCUGUAGAGCUUGAAAAUUGGACCAGCUACCUAGACUUUAUAGAAAGGGAAGGCGACUUGAGCAAGGUUGUCAAGCUAUAUGAAAGGUGCCUAAUUGCUUGUGCUAAUUAUCCUGAAUAUUGGAUUCGAUAUGUUCUAUGCAUGGAGGCCAGUGGAAGUAUGGAUAUUGCCAAUAAUGCUCUUGCACGUGCAACCCAGGUUUUUGUGAAGAGACAACCGGAGAUUCACCUUUUUGCUGCUCGAUUCAAAGAGCAGAGUGGGGAUAUACCUGGUGCUCAAGCUGCCUAUCAACUUGUACAUUCUGAACUCUCGCCUGGUCUUCUUGAAGCAAUCGUGAAGCAUGCAAAUAUGGAACACCGUUUGGGAAAUGUGGAAGCUGCCUACUCUUUAUACGAACAGGCCAUUGCCAUUGAAAAAGGAAAAGAGCAUUCACAGACGUUGCCCAUGUUGUAUGCUCAGUACUCUCGGUUCACUUACCUGGUUUCUUCGAAUGCAGAAAAAGCUAGAGAAAUUUUAGAUGGAGCACUCGAGCAUGUACAACUGUCAAGAGCAUUUCUUGAGUCCAUGAUAGUUUUCGAGACAAUACAGCCACUGCCAAAGCGAAUUGAUCACAUAGAUUCAUUGGUUGUGAAGUUCAUAGAGCCCAGCUCAGAGAGCCCCAAUUUUGCUAGCAUUGCUGACAGAGAAGAGCUAUCUGGCAUCUAUUUGGAGUUUGUUAAUCUCUUUGGAGAUGCAGUGUCUAUCAAGAAGGCUGAGGAUCGACAUGCUAAGCUCUUCAUACCUCAUAGGAGCAGCACGUCAGAGUUGAAAAAACGUCAAGCUGAGGACUUUCUAUCUUCAGAUAAAGUGAAGCUAGCUAAAGCUUACUCUGGUGUUCCAUCGCCCGCCCAGUCGAUCAUGGGAGCAUAUCCAAAUGCACAGAGCCAAUGGCCAGCUGGUUAUGGUGCACAGCCUCAAGCUUGGCCACCGGCUACGCAAGCUGCUCAGGGACAACAGUGGCCAGCUGGUUAUACCCAACAGCCGUACAAUGCAUAUGGUGGUUAUGGAACUGCUGGCUACGCUAAUCCGCAAGCGCCUGCGGUGGCGCCACAAACUGCUGCUUAUGGUGCUUAUCCUUCUACAUAUCCUGCUCAGCAGGCCGUCCCGCCACAAAGUUACGCGCAUCCAACCGGGGCAGCGGUAGCACCAGCGGCAGCAGUAGCACCGGCUCCGCAGCCUGCUUCAGUUCCUCAGGCGUAUUAUGGGAGUUACUACUGAUGUGGCAGGAAUAAGCCUGCAUAUUUUGCCUUUGUAACUUAAUUUUCUCCUUUUGAAAACCUGACUGAUAGACUGAGUUACAUUUUUCGGAAACAUUGGUUUGUAGCUGACAUAUUUUUGGCGGAGACACAGAGAGUGAUCAGUUUAGUCGUUUGUGGAAAUUGUAUUCGUGUAUCGAUCUUUUAACAUGACGGUUAAUUGUUGUUUACUGUAAGUUUAACUAUGUCAUCGUCGUCGGAAUCGGAAGUCUCCGAAUGC